UUAUAGCGUUAAACGUGGCUUUUCUGACGUGUGGAUUAAAAACAAGCGCGCACGACUUCCCGGCAGCUUAGCGAGGGUUCCAGCCCACAAAGCGACCAACGCAGCCCUGUUAUGGAGACCAACACCGCAGACGGCCCAUCGAGGACAGGCAGAGUCGUGUGAUGCAUUGUCAGCUGUAGUGGACGCGCGGUUUGAGGUCCUGCUAACACAGCCUGGGAUGGUGGAAGUGGAUCUUCAGCCUGUUUCCUGCCUCUACUGCACGACUUCCUCAACGGCUGGGUAGAUUAUGCACAGUGCUUCCUCAGAGUCCCGCAGAAAGGCUGAAUGAGAGUCCCAAGAGCAGCUUCUCCAUUCUCCAGCUGUGACGUUGUACUGAGACGUUCAGCUCCGUAAUGGAGCCUCAUAACUCCAGUGGUGGUGGAGGAACCUCUGAACCAAACGCAUUGACUCACAAAGGCCUUACAGCCGUGUUUGGGGAGCUGCUGAAUGAGUGUGUGAGGGACAUCGGAAGCACCAGCCCUUUGACUGAGAGAAGCCUUUCGGCAAUGUUUACAGACGUGUUGGAGGAGUGUGUUGGGGAUUCCACGAACGUCAAUUCACAGACACAGAGAGCGGCAUCUUCAGCACACAGUGAGGCUGUUAAACGUGACUGGUCCAUGGUGGAGCCCACUGGAUACAGCAGUGGAGAUGAGCCCUGUGAACCGCAGUCAAAGAGGUCAGCAUCUCCAGUGCCCAGCUGUACGUCCAUGAAGAGUCACUCAUCCAAGCUAGAGCCCCCUGAAUUCAGCAGAGGAGAUGCGGCCUUUGAACCAAAGUCAAAGAGGUCAGCAUCUCCAGUGCCCAGCUGUAUGUCCAUGAAGAGUCACUCAUCCAAGCUAGAGCCCCCUGAGUUCAGCAGAGGAGAUGCGGCCUUUGAACCAAAUCUGCAGACCCAGAAAGCUGCGUCUUCAGCACCCAGCUGUGUGUCUAUGAAGAGUGACAAGUCAAUGGAGCGUCCUCCACAACUCGGGAUGGAACCUGUGACCUUAGACCCAAAUCUGCAGACCCAGAGAGCUGCAUCUUCAGCACCAAGCUGUGUGUCUAUGAAGAGUGACAAGUCAAUGGAGCGUCCUCCACAACUCAAACUGGAAAAUGUGACCCUUGACCCAAAGCAGCACUCCACAGAGGCAGCACAGCAACAGGAAUCCAGCCAACCAGUAGAUGAUGUCCUGCACAGAUUCUUGGAGAGACACAAAGCACAGAUGAAGAGCAAGUGUGAGAGCUUAUUUGAGGUGUUCCAAGUACAAAAGAAUAAAGCACUCCUGAACAGAAUUUACACACAGCUCUACAUCAUAGAGGGAGAGAGUGAAGGCGUGAAUAAAGAACAUGAGGUUUUACAGAUGGAGAAACAACCCAGGAAGCAGCACUUACAAGACACCGCCAUUAACUGCAAUGACAUUUUUGAAUCCUCGGUCAAACCGGUGCUCGAGGAAGAUAUAAAACACAGGAAGAAGCUUAGAACAGUGAUGACUAAGGGCAUCGCAGGCAUUGGGAAAACCGUCUCUGUGCAGAAGUUCAUUCUGGACUGGGCUGAAGGAAAAGCCAAUCCUCAUGUUGAUAUCAUGUUUGUGCUUCCCUUUCGGGAGCUGAACUUGAUUAAGGAUGACCAGUAUAAUCUUCAUACACUUCUGUGUAACUUCUAUCCUGAGCUCAAAGAUCUGGAUAUGAAGGUGUAUGAUGUGUGCAAAGUGGUGUUCAUCUUUGAUGGUCUAGAUGAAAGCAGAAUCCCGCUGAACUUUUCACAGUGCGGGAAAGUAUCUGAAACCACCUUGCCAUCGUCAGUGGGUGUGCUGAUGACGAACCUCAUCAAGGGAGACCUGCUUCCCUCUGCUCUCGUCUGGAUAACAUCUCGGCCAGCAGCAGCCAAUCAGAUUCCCCCUGAGUACAUCAACCGUUUGACAGAAAUUCAGGGAUUCAAUGAUCCACAGAAGGAGGAAUACUUCAGGAAGAGAAUAAGUGAUCAGGAUCAGGCUGACAGAAUCAUCUCUCACAUCAAAACAGCAAAGAGCCUCCACAUCAUGUGCCACAUACCAGUGUUCUGUUGGAUCUCAGCCACUGUUCUUCAGGAAAUCUUAGAAUGCCAUAUCAAUGCAGAAAUUCCUAAAACUUUGACAGAGAUGUACAUACACUUCUUGCUCAUUCAGACACAUGUGAAAAACCAGAAGUAUGGAAAGGGUGAAGACAGAGGCCUGACAGAACAGCUGGGACCCAACAGAACCGUGAUUUUAAAACUGUCCAAACUAGCGUUCAAACAACUGGUGAAGGGCAAUGUGAUGUUCUAUGAAGAGGACCUGAGAGAGUGUGGCAUUGACAUCAAAGAGGCCUCCCUGUACUCUGGAAUUUGCACUCAGAUCUUUAAGGAGGAAUCUGUGCUUUACCAGAGGAAAGUCUACUGCUUUGUGCAUCUGAGCUUUCAGGAGUUCCUGGCUGCUUUCUAUGUGUUUUAUUGCUAUAUGAGCAAAAAUGUGGAAACACUUCAGUAUUUUAAACCACCAUACAAAGAGUGGUCUGAGAAUGUAACACUUGAGGAUCUGCUUGAGGGAGCAGUGCGUAAAGCCUUAAAGAGUCAGAACGGAAGCCUUGAUCUUUUCCUCCGUUUCCUGCUGGGCAUCUCACUGGAGUCCAAUCAAAGACUUCUACAAGGCCUAUUGAUGCACACACAAAGCAGCUCAGACAGCAUCAGCAAAAUCAUAACCUACAUUCAGAAACAAAUCAAAGGAGAGGAUGAGAUGGAAUUGGAGCGGAUAUCGGUGAUGAUGAACAUCUUGAAGAUGAUGAUGAAAAAACUGGAAGAAAGACAGUGUCUUCCUGCUGACAGAUCCAUCAACCUGUUCCUUUGCCUGACUGAAAUGAAUGACCAGUCUUUAUCUAGAGAGAUCCAGGCGUAUCUCAAAUCAGAGAAACACUCAAAAAUCCUGUCUCCUGGACAGUGCUCAGCUCUAGCCUGCAUGCUUCUGAUCUCAGAGGACGUGCUGGAGGAAUUUGAGCUGAAGAAAUAUAACACAACAGAGGAAGGUUAUAGAAGACUGAUCCCAGCUGUAAGCAACUGCAGAAGAGCUCUACUUGCUGGCUGUAAUCUGUCCACAAGCUUCUGUGAAGUACUAACAUCAGCUCUACAAUCAGCAAAUUGUCCCCUGAAAGAACUGGAUGUCAGUAACAACAUCCUGCAGGAUGCAGGAGUGGAGCUUCUUGUUGAUGGACUGAAAAGUUCCAACUGCAACCUGGAGAUUCUAAGACUGGCUGGGUGUAAUCUCACCAAAAACUCCAGUGAAACUCUCACCGCCGUUCUGAAAACAGCAAAUUCCAGCCUAAAAGAACUGGACAUUGGUUACAACAUCCUACAGGACUCAGGAGUGGAGUUGCUCUCUGAUGGACUGAAGAGUUCAGCUUGUAAACUGGAGAUCCUAAGACUGCCUGGCUGCAAUAUCACCGUAAAGUCUUGUGAAAUACUAACAUCAGCUCUACAAUCAGCAAACUCCAGCCUGAAAGAACUGGACCUCAGUAACAACUUUCUGCAAGAUACAGGAGUGGAGCUGCUGUCUGCUGGACUGAAGAGUUCAUACUGUAAAAUCGAGAUACUCAGACUAGCUGGUUGUAAACUGUCCACGAGCUCCUGUCAAAUCCUCUGUUCUUCUCUAAAAUCAGCAAACUCCCUGCUCAAAGAAUUAGAUCUUAGUAACAAUGACCUGCAGGAUUCAGGAGUGGACCUGCUCUCUGCUGGACUGAAGAGUUCACACUGUAAACUGGAGAAGCUCAGAUUGUCUGGUUGCUUGGUAACAGAGAAGGGCUGUUCUUUUUUGGAUUCAGCUCUAAAAUCAAACCCCUCACACCUGAAAGAACUGGAUCUGACCUACAACCAACCAGGAGACUUGGGAGUGAAGCUACUCUCUGCUAGACUGGAGGAUCCACACUGCAAACUACAGAGUCUUAGACUAGCUGGCUGUAAUCUCACUACGGAUUCUUGUAUAACACUUGCAUCAACUCUGCAAUCUGAAAACUCUACUCUGAAAGAGCUGGAUAUCAGUACCAAUGACCUGCAAGAUUCAGGAGUGGAGCUGCUUUCUGCUGGGCUGAGGAGUCCACACUGUAAACUGGAGAUACUCAGAUUAUCAGGCUCCUUGGUGACAGAGGAAGGCUGUUCUUUUUUGACUUCAGCUCUAAAAUCAAACCCCUUGCACCUGAAAGAACUGGACCUGUCUUACAAUAACCCAGGGGAGUCAGGAGUGAAGCUACUCUCUUCUAGAUUGGAGGAUUCACACUGCGGACUGCAAACACUGAGGAUGGAGCAUGGAGGGAAGAUCAGGAUCAAACCAGGCUUAAGAAAAUAUGCCUGUGAACUCACACUGGACCCAAACACGGUACACACAGAUCUUGCUCUGUCCGAGGGGAACAAAAAGGUGAAGUCUGUGAGAGAGCCGCAGGUGUAUCCUGACCAUCCAGAAAGAUUUGAUAUCUGGUUGCAGGUGCUGUGUAAAGAGAGCGUGUCAGGACGCUGUUACUGGGAGGCUGAGUGGGGUGGGAGGGGAGCUGCUAUAGCAGUGACUUACAAAGGAAUCAGCAGGAAAGGAGGCGGGGAUGACUGUCGGUUUGGAUAUAAUGAUAGAUCCUGGAGGCUGUACUGCACUAAUUCAGCUGGGACAAGCAGCUACUCUGUGUGGCACAAUAAGAAAAUCACUGACCUACCUGCCCCCACUCCUAGCUCCAACAGAGUAGGAGUAUAUUUGGACUGGGCAGCCGGCAUUCUGUCUUUCUACAACGUCUCCCCAGACACAGACACACUGACCCACAUGCACACAUAUCAUUCUAAAUUCACCGAGCCCCUCUAUGCAGGAUUUUGGAUCGGUUUUGACUCUUCGGUAUGUGUUUUAGAUCAAAUAGCUUCCUGAGGUUCCUGCUCUUCUCGUACCAAUACAGUUCUUUGCGAAAAGACCACCACUGCAAGUAUUUGUCCUCUGCUACUAAGCAUUCACUCAGUGUGGAGCAUCCAACCAAAAUGCAUGAGUAUGUCUUAUUAUCAGUUUUCAAUUCCGAUUUGAGACACUGUCGUAUCUUCUUCUUCUUUCGGCUGCUCCCUUUAAGGGUCGCCACAGCGGAUCAUCUGCCUCCAUCUUGCCCUAUCCACUGCCUCCUCUACUUUCA